UUGGCGAAUGGCAAAACUUGCAAGAAAAUUCAUUUCAGAGUUUCAGAACAAGAAACUAUGAGAUUGGAGGCAGAAUCAAGAAACGAGCUGAUGUUUAAAGCGCCGGGUUGCGCAUCGUCAAGUGAGCAACAGCUUGCGGCAGUGUGAUUGAGUUUGGGUUUCCUCUGUUUCAUCUCUUCUUUGUGUUCUUCUUCGAUGGAGCAGCCAAGUGGCCGGAGUACUCGCCGGUACCGGAUAGAAACCAAGUCGUUAUCCUACGACGUGCCGGCGCAGAGUCUUCUCCUGCCUCAUUGCUACACCGGAACAGGCAGGUCGGUUCUGAAGAAUGUGAGCUGCGAGGCGCUUCCUGGCGAGCUCAUGGCGGUGGUCGGCCCGAGCGGAGCCGGAAAGACCACCCUCUUGUCUGUGCUCGCCGGCGUGAUACAACCCAGUAAGGUCAGCGGCGAGAUACUUGUCAACGGCCGGCCCAUGGACGUGUCCCGAUUCAGGCGGGUGUCGGGGUUCGUGACGCAGGACGACGCGCUGUUCCCUCUCUUGACGGUGGAGGAGUCGCUCGCGUACAGCGCCAGGCUAAGGCUACGCGCCACCGCCAACACCACCGCCGCUGUCCGGGUUAGAGAGCUGCUCAAGGACCUGGGCCUCGCCCACGUGGCCAGUUCCAGAGUCGGUGGCGGCGGCACUCGAGGCAUUUCUGGAGGCGAGCGUCGCCGAGUCUCGAUUGGCGUCGAGCUGGUGCACGACCCGGCAGUGCUCCUGCUCGACGAGCCCACCUCCGGGCUCGAUUCCGCCUCCGCCCUCCACAUCAUCAAGCUGCUCAAGUCCAUGGUGCUCGUCCAAGACAAGACUGUUAUUCUCACCAUCCACCAGCCGGGAUUCCGCAUCCUGGAGAUCUUCGACCAGGUGGUGCUCAUCUCCGGCGGCGUCGUUUGCCAUCAGGGCCCUAUCGUACUCCUGGAGAGCCGACUCAAGGAAGCGGGCUGCUGCGUCCCUCCGCACGUCAAUGUUCUCGAGUUCGCCAUGGACUCGAGCGACGCCAUGGCAAGCCUCGAGGACUCACAACCCCCCACCCCCCACGCAGACCAACAGCUCGUCAAAAUCCCCAACGCUGCACCCAAAGAAGACAACAAAGUCCUCUACGCCAAUUCCCGGCACAAGGAGGUCCUCAUCCUCACCGGCCGGUUCUUCAAGAACGCUUCCAGAAGCCGGGAGCUCUUCACCGCCAAAAUGAUCCAGUCCCUCGCCGCUGGCGUCGGGCUGGGCACCAUCUUCAUGAACGUGAGCGACAUGCAAGCCCGUGUUGGCUUCUUCGCCUUCAGUCUCACCUUCCUCCUCUCCUCCACCACCGAAGGCCUCCCCAUCUUCCUCCGCGAGAGGGCCAUUCUGCAGAGGGAGACGUCGAGGGGCGCCUACCGCGUCUCCUCCUACGUCAUCGCCAACGCGCUGGUGUUCAUGCCCUUCCUCUUCGCGGCCGCCGUGCUAUACGCGACGCCGGUCUACUGGCUGGUGGGGCUGCGCAGCGAGAUGGAGGAGUUCCUCUACUUCACCCUCGUGGUGUACCUGGUGAUGCUGAUGGCGAACUCCUUCGUGGCCUGCUUCAGCGCGUUGGUGCCCAGCUUCCUCAUGGGCAACUCAGUCAUCUCCGGCUUGAUGGGAUCCUUCUUCCUCUUCUCCGGCUACUUCAUUGCCAAGGACAACAUCCCCACCUACUGGCUCUUCAUGCACUACCUGAGCUUGUUCAAGUAUCCGUUCGAAGCGUUUGUGGUAAACGAGUACGGAGGGAGAAAGGGGAGGGGAGAGUGCUUGGAUUGGGAGAUAAAAAAUGGGUGUGUUCUCAACGGGGGGAUGUUCUUGAGGCAGCAGGGGGUGGAGGAGUCUCAGAGGUGGAGUCACGUAUGGGUAAUGCUUGGCUUCGUAGUUGGCUACAGGGUGCUCUGCUUUCUCAUUCUCUGCUUUAGAUGCCACAGGAUGAGGAGGUAGAGUCCCUCUAGAGCUAGAGGAAGAGUCCCGUUCCCAGUAUUUUUUUUUUCCCUGUUCUUUGUUUAUUAUCUUCCUAAGAUUUAUUUUCUUAUUGUUGCACUGCAAUUUAUAUAAGAAACCAUCAAUGAUCCUCAUUAUAAUUUUA